GCUUUUUGGUUUUGUGUGCUUCCACUCUCUCACACUCACUAUCUCUAAACUUUCUUUAUUGUCUUCUCUUUUCUCCUUUCUCUCUUCUCCUCUCUCUCCUUCCUUUUUCCUCUUCUACCCAAAUCGACUCUCCAAACUGAAAAUCUUUUUCUUCUUUCUCAAACUCUUCUUCUUAUUUUUCUCAAGCUUCAAAGUAAGAAAAAAAGAAGAAGAAAAUUUCCACCUGAAACCAACAAAAAAGAAUAAUAAUAAUAAUACAGAAACUGCUGCUUCUCUGAGUAUCUUAAAUGCAGCUCUAAUCUUUGAGUCUAAAAAUGCUUCCUUACUACAAGAAAGAAACCUCAAAGUUUGUGAAUUCCAAUGUUGUUAAUGUUAGCUCAUGUUUCAAAGGUUGCCCACUUCUGCUAAUAGACAUUUUUAAUGCUGGAUCUGUACUUACUUUCUUUCUUCCAGAUUCAUUAUUCUUCUAGUUCUCUCAGUUUUUAUGUCCCUUUUUUUUAACUUCUGUUUUCUUAAGCAGCUUAAUGGAGCUUAAUUAGCUAAGCAAAAGGCAUUUAUUGGGGUAUGGCAGAAAGCACCUGCAUGCUUCCAGGAGGAAAGCAAGGCCUGCAGGCUUUACAUCAUCAUAUACCCAGUGCAAAUAAAUUCUCAAUGAAGUUUUUUCCAGCUUCAAGUUUUCGUUUAAUUGUCUUGUUCACUCUUUUUUCUCUAGCUAUUGCUGACCUGAACUCUGAUAAGCAGGCUCUUCUCAACUUUUCGGCCGCUAUACCCCACUAUCGGCUCCUUAACUGGAACCCUGCUUCUUCAAUCUGCAAGUCUUGGGUUGGGGUUACUUGCAAUCCAAAUCAGACUCGUGUGCUUGAACUCCGACUCCCUGGGGUGGGGUUUAUUGGUCAAAUCCCAGCCAAUACACUUGGUAAACUUGAUGCCCUUAGGGUUCUCAGCCUCCGAUCCAAUCUACUUUAUGGCAACCUUCCUUCUGAUGUUACAUCUCUUCCAUCACUCCGAAACCUCUACCUCCAACAUAACAACUUCUCUAGCACAAUUCCUACUUCUUUCUCCUCACAACUCAAUGUACUGGAUCUCUCAUUUAAUUCUUUCUCUGGCAGCAUUCCUCAAACCAUAGCUAAUUUGACACAACUAACUGGUUUGAGCCUCCAGAACAACACCCUCUCUGGAGCCAUUCCUGACCUCAACCAAAGUAGGCUUAGACAUUUGAAUUUAAGUUACAACCAUCUUAAUGGCUCCGUCCCAUUCUCCCUUCAAAAGUUUCCAAAUUCAUCCUUCACCGGAAACUCUCUCUUAUGUGGACUGCCUCUUAAUCCUUGCUCCCCCAUCCUUUCUCCGCCUUCUCCCUCUCCUGCUUCCUCUCCUCCACCAGAAAUGCCUCAUAAGAAAGGUUCAAAAGCAAAGCUGACGUUGGGAGCCAUAAUUGCCAUUGCAGUAGGAGGAUUUGCAGUGCUCUUUCUUAUAGUUGUAAUUAUCUUGUGCUGCUGUUUGAAGAAGAAAGAUAAUGGAGGCAGUAGCGUGUUGAAAGGGAAGGCUGUUAGUAGUGGGAGGGGUGAAAAGCCCAAAGAGGAGUUUGGAAGUGGGGUGCAAGAACCUGAGAAAAACAAGCUGGUGUUCUUUGAGGGUUGCUCAUAUAAUUUUGAUCUUGAGGAUUUAUUAAGGGCUUCUGCUGAAGUGUUAGGAAAGGGUAGUUAUGGCACAGCCUAUAAGGCUGUCUUGGAGGAAUCAACGACAGUUGUAGUGAAAAGAUUGAAGGAGGUAGUGGUGGGGAAGAGGGAGUUUGAACAGCAGAUGGAGAUUGUUGGAAGGGUUGGGCAGCACCAAAAUGUUGUACCACUCCGUGCUUAUUAUUACUCGAAGGAUGAGAAGCUUCUAGUGUAUGACUAUAUCCAAGGAGGCAGCUUAUCUACACUUCUGCAUGGAAAUAGGCAAGCAGGAAGAACUCCACUAGAUUGGGACAACAGAGUAAAAAUUGCUCUUGGAACUGCACGUGGCAUUGCCCACCUUCAUUCUGCAGGUGGUCCAAAAUUUACUCAUGGAAACAUCAAGUCCUCAAAUGUCCUCCUGAACCAAGAUCAUGACGGGUGCAUCUCUGAUUUUGGCCUUACCCCUCUAAUGAAUGUUCCUGCAACUCCAUCUCGGAGUGCAGGCUAUCGAGCUCCUGAAGUGAUCGAAACCCGUAAGCACACCCAUAAAUCAGAUGUCUACAGCUUUGGUGUCCUCUUGCUUGAGAUGCUGACAGGUAAAGCUCCACUUCAAUCUCCAUCACGGGAUGACAUGGUUGAUCUGCCUCGAUGGGUCCAAUCAGUUGUAAGGGAGGAGUGGACAGCUGAAGUUUUUGAUGUUGAGCUGAUGAGAUACCAAAAUAUUGAAGAAGAAAUGGUCCAGAUGCUGCAAAUUGGGAUGGCCUGUGUAGCGAAGGUGCCAGACAUGCGACCGAACAUGGAUGAAGUUGUUCGGAUGAUUGAAGAAAUACGGCAAUCUGACUCAGAGAACCGGCCAUCUUCCGAAGAGAACAAAUCUAAGGACUCAAAUGUCCAGACUCCAUGAUUGGCCAAAAGUCAUUGCAUGAUUUCGAGAUCUCAAUUGAACAUUCCCAAUGUGCAUAUGCCUUGUAAGGUUUUCCAAAGUAUUGUUCAAAACCUUACGUGCAUGUGCAGCUUCAUAGUGUGAAUUUGUCCAAAAUUUUUCUCAGUUCAUUUUUUUUUUUUUUCAGAUUUGUAGUCUUGAUUUUUUUGUUCUCUUUUAAAUUUCAAUUAGGUGGGUUUCUCUUGAUCUAUUGUAAUAUUUAAUUCAACAUUGUGAAUGAAUUGCUGACCUUGAAUCAAUAACUUCUCACAACUUCCUCCCUCUU